CUUAGUGCGCAUGCACCCCGUUAGCUUCGUCGCCAGAGAAGGAACAGCAGUAGGACCAGGCAGGAAAAGUGAGGAUGAUGCGCCAAGGAGGUAGAGGUGGCCGACGUGGUCGGGGAGGACGUGGCGGCCGAGGACGGGGUGGCCAAAAUUAUAGGCAACGCAGGGAUAACUCUGAAGGAGAAGACAGCCGCCCACAACAAAGUCCUGAUGAAAUGCUGGGGAGCAAAUUCCUAGAACUUGACAAUAAGAACUUGCAAGUCGAAAUUAAAGAGAACCACCGCGGAAAGUUCUUGAAGGUGUCCGAAGUCGCCGAGGCUGGUGCUCAGCCCGGUCGUAACAGAGUGACAUUAGGAAUUGCUUCAGCCUCGGAAUUUUUAACCCAGCUGGACACCUUCGCUACCUACGCACAGUCUGAAGAGGCCACGGAGGAGGGAAACGAGGAAAAGGCAUUCAAAAGCUCCACCAUGGUGAAAGAUGCGAAGCGUUAUUAUUUUGAUUUCAAGGAAAAUCAGCGCGGCAGAUAUCUCCGCAUCACGCAGACCACAAUGGGCGGCCGCAAGCAGAUUGCUCUUCCGCACACUGGCAUCGUCCAAUUGCAUGAAGCCGUGGACGAACUCGUCAAGAAGUUCGUCAGUGAUGCAGAUGGCGCACCGGAAUCCCAGCUACCAACUACACGCGAGGUCCGCAUGCAGCCCAAGCGAUUUUAUUUCGACGUGGGCAACAACAACCGCGGAGUUUACCUCCGUGUGACCGAGACUAUCAACAACUACCAGCGGCCAAGUUCUGUGGUGACGAUUCCACACGGCGCUUGGAGGGAAGUGCGUGAUGUCCUCAUAGACUUCUGUGACCAGCUUCCCUACCAAGCUGAGGAAGAGGGCGACACAGAGACCACUGCGUAGGUCUGUUGGUUUGUUUAGGUGUUUUUUAUCUUCCGUCCUGAUCCUGCUGUUGUUAGCAGAAACAUGGGUGUGUGAUUGGCCAGGCGUGUUCCUUUUUUCUUUUUCUCAUUUGAGUAUUCUUCUCUUCAAACCUGCUCUGAACCUCUGUUCUCUCUUUCUUGUCUUGACCCGGAACCCCGGUACCAUGUCAGGCUUACUUGAACAUGCCACGUCCAUCGCCCUGUGCCUCUUUGUUUGCGGCGCUUUGACCCCCUCUGGGUCAUGGAGUUUGGCAUUCUCCCCUUUUUUCCAUCUCGCUCUUUCUUUUCUCAUUUCCUCUUUUUUUUUAACCCUCUGAUAGUAGUGUGCGUGUGUGUGUGUGUGUGCUGUCUCGAGCAAGUGUUGAGAACGCAUGCGCUCCGCUUCAAUUCUGUUUUGACAUCAACAGGCUUAUUUUUUUCUUUUCAAGCCUUCAAGCUUUCCCUGCGCAUUACUUAGUUUUGAUUGAUUGGGUUAACAGUUACUGCUGUUGACCGUUAUCCGAUCCGGCGAAGAAGUCUCGUACUAGA